CGUUCUUCCGGCUUACAUGUUGGAAAAAAGAAAAGACGAAUGGAAAAAUUGUAAUCCACAAAACGACCAUUGCCUACUACCUUCACGACACGGUCAUAAUUAGUUCAAAUGAGCUCCCAGCAAUUCCCCCGACACGGGCUGCCUGCUUCCAGCGGGGGAGCACCUCAGAUCCCUGCUGCAGGAAACCUGGUGUCUAUCACUCAGCCGUCAAACCCAUCAGAUGCUGACAGCAGUCGGGACACUGACCACGGGCACCAGGAUCACCCCCAUGCUGGGGGCGGGGGAAGCUUGGCGUUCAGAGAUGACAAGCAGGAGACCAUGGUGGUCAGACCUUACCCACAAGUACAGACGCUCGGCCAACCACAAGCUACUCCCCAAACCGUGGCCAUCAAGCCUGGCACACCUGUGACUGUACCUGCUCCCUCUGUCCACCUCCCACAGGGCCAGCCUGCAGUCCUCACCGAGGGACAGAUGAAGGCUGUCCUGAAGUUACCUAUGCCAAGUCGUCUAAUUGCCCCAGCACCAGCUUCCAACCAGGGUCAUAUUCCCAUACCCUCCAAGGUGCCUGGUCACAUUACUGUCACCAUAGAGAGCAGUAUUGCUCCAACCCCAUCUAUUCCUGUGGCAACUAUCAGUGGUCAGCAGGGUCACUCUAGCAACUUACACCACCUAAUGCCAGCAAACAUUCAGAUCAUUAGGGGCAGUGCCCCAGCACUGCAGAUCGGGACCCCUACGGUCCCUCCUCAGACCUUCACAUCCCAUCUACCCCGAGGGGCUGCUGCAGCAGCUGUUAUGUCCAACCCCAAAACGGUCCUGCGGCCAGCCACCGGAGCAGGUGCGGGCCCCGGCCAGCCCACAGUGCAGCACAUCAUCCACCAGACUAUUCAGUCCCGCCCUACUGUAACAACGUCUACCGCCGUGCUUCCAACUGUGGUGGCCCCCAUUUCAGCAACUAGAACUCAGUCCCCAGUUAUCAGCCCAGCAGUCACACACUCUGCAGAGGUGGCACAUGGGAGACCAGGGCUGACCAUUCACCCCCCUCCGGCCACCGUCAGUAUUCAGAGAUCUCAGACAUCCCGUGACACCGCCACACGGAUCACGCUGCCGUCUCACCCUGCAAUUGGGGCUCAAAAGCCUCAGCCUCCGCACACCAUGACACAGAAGCCCAUCUUCAGUCCUGUAACACCGGUAGCUGCAGCUACUGUGGCACCAAUAGUUGCCACUAACACCGUUUCGUCAACAACAACAAUAGGCUCUGUGCCACAUAGCCAAAUGACCAGUAACAAUAUCGUCACCAUGACAAUGGCAUCACACUCCUCUCAUGCUACAGCAGUGACCACCUCUGCCAUCCCUGUUGCUAAAGUCGUCCCUCAGCCCAUCUCAUCCCGUGUGCAGUCGGACUACCCUGGGGAGAGAACCAACCUCAUCCCCAUCCCAGGCCAUCGCUCGUCUCCUAACUCUGUCACCAUGGAAGCAAGAAGUGACAACAGGCCUUCGGUGCCUGUGCAGUUCCAGUAUUUCCUGCCGGCGUACUCCUCGUCAUACCCUCUGACCCACACCUACACCCCCAUCAGCAGCUCUGUAUCCACCAUCCGCCAGUAUCCUGUCACUCCUCAAGCUCCGAGUUCAGCGCUGCCCACCCAAGCUGGAGUAGGCGUGGCGACCACUGUCCAUCUAAACCACAUGCAGCUGAUGGCAGUGGAUCGGAUCGGUCUCCCAUCUGCACAGAUCAGCACCCAAGGAAUCCAGCAAGCGCCGAUCACUGCGCAGGGCAUUCAGCCUGCACCAAUAGGAGUGCAGGGCCUGCACACGUCUGCGCCAAUUGGCGCACAAGGACUACAGCAGGCGCCAAUAGUCACUCAGCAGCAGCAGCAAGCGCAGUCUGAAGCAAAACCUGGCGUUGUUUUGGCUGAUGGCUUUGUAGCUAGCCCCAUCAGCAGCACAUUCAGCACCACCCAGCCAGUUGCCACCAUGGUGCAGGCACACGCCCAGGGAGGAGUAGGGGGAGCCCCCCCUCUGGUGUCCUCCCCUAGACCCAGUAUCCUCCGCAAAAAGCCCGCUAAUGAAGGAUGUGUCCGUAAGAACCUGAUCCCCGCCCAGCCCAGUGAACCCGGUAGUGGCAGAAUUGAGAGUGGCGUGCGGGGAGCGGGAUCUCCCCGACCUGCAGGAGUGAAACCCAAAGCUGAGGUGCACAUGACAGUGGCCCCUCCUGUCAUGGCUACGGUGGAGGCACUGCCUUCUCAGGGAGGAGAGCAGCAGGGCGUGUCCUCAAACACCCAACACCUGGCCCAAGCCAUCCCCACCAUGCUCGCCACACCGGGGCCUGUUCCUCCCUCCCAGCCCUCCACUGUCCUCUCAGCCCUGCCAGCAGCCGUGGCUGUAACUCCCCCCGUCCCUGCUUCAAUGGCCAACACUGUGGCCUCCCCCACUCAGCCUGCAGCAAGUAGCACUGCAGCAUGUGCUGCCAGCUCUGCCUGCCCAGAUUUGAAAAUUAAGCAGGAGGUGGAGACCAUGGAAACCUCGCAGCCAGAUCCCAAUUCAAACUUGUCUUCAGCCUCAGCCCUCAACACCCAGGCCUCCACCCUGAACACUCCCGCCAUAGGAGACCUGAUCCCUGGGGCCUCCCCGAGGAAGAAGCCCCGCAAGCAGCAGCAUGUUAUUUCUACAGAGGAGAGUGAGAUGGUGGAGACCAACAGCACAGAUGAGGAGAAGGCUCCAGGCAGGCCCAUCACCGGCAGGGCUGAGAGGCGCGAAUCUCCACCAAGGGAAUAUGUUGAUGAGGAAGGAGUGCGUUAUGUACCGGUCCGGCCUCGACCACCUGUUUCUCUUCUGCGGCACUACAGGAACCCCUGGAAAGCUGCCUACCACCACUUCCAGAGGUACAGCGACAUCCGGGUCAAAGAGGAGAAGAAGGGCAGCUUACAGGAUAUGGCCAACCAGAGAGGAGUGGCAUGCAGAGCACAAGGCUGGAAAAUUCACCUGUGUGCUGCACAGCUCAGGCAGCUGUCGAGUUUGGAGCAUGAUGUGUACAGCCGCCUCUCCACCCUUCAAGAGGGCUUGAUUCCUAAGAAGAGAGCAGGCUCCGAUGAUGACCUGCACCGAAUCAACGAGCUUAUACAGGGUAACAUGCAGCGCUGUAAGCUGGUGAUGGACCAGGUCACCGAGGCCAGAGACACCAUGAUGAAAGUGCUGGACCACAAGGAGAAAGUGCUGAAGCUGCUCAACAAGAACGGGGCCGUCAAGAAGUCCUCCAAACUGAAGCGUAAAGAACGGGCAUAAGCUUGGCCCUCCUGAUCUGUCGACAACCUCCGC